AUGAACGUUCUCGGGGCGUCGUAUAAAGAAACGACGGACGAGUUUUGCAGAAUUUUGAAGAACACUGGAGUUUCUGCGAUUGUUUCGCUGAACAUUUCGUCACAUCCUAAACAUAUUGAUAUUUACGCAAGUUACAUAGGAAUUCCUGUGAUAAAGUUAUUCAACAAUCCUUUUAAGCAAGAUGUUGUCAAGCAGAAUCAAAGCUCCCAAAUUCACCUGGAACCAGAUCCUGUUUUACGUUUAUUUGUUAUCACAGAAAUUUUGAAACAAUACAACAGAAACGAUCGAGUCGUUGUGGUUUCACAAGAAAAUCAAUCAACAUGGGCGAAAAAACUUGUUGCUGGGAUGCGGAAAACUAGAAAUUUAAAUGACGAUGUCGUUGUAGACUUGACUAUAACUAAAAACGAGAAGAAUUAUUUCAGCACUUUAAGAACUAUUUAUUCUUUGAAUGUAAAAGCUAUUGUCCUCUUGAUGGAAGAAAAUAUCGCGUUAGAUUUUAUGGAUGUCGCACAACAAGUUGGAUUUCUAGACAUUGAUUGCAUAUGGAUUGUAGAGCACUCCCUUUAUGGAAGAAAACGAAUACCGCUUUUGGGAAAACUUAUUGGAGUAAGAUUGGCGCGAGAACCCUUCAGCAAUGAUAGAUCACAAUGGCGGCGCGAGGCGUUGUCCAAUGAUUCUAUCAAAAUUCUGAGUAAUGCAUUUCAAAAUGUAAGCAAUGCAGAGUUCCAAAUCACAUCACCAAGCAAUUCGUGUACUUCAACGAGCCAUUGGCUGCUAGGAACAUCGUUGUACAGGUUUAUGAAACUUGUUCGCAUUGAUGGCGACACUGGUUGGAUAGAAUUUGAUGAUCAAGGUUACCGAACUAAUGUGGAAUAUGAAAUUGAUUACUUUCCUAAAAAUGAAAAUGGGACAACCAUCAGAAUGAUUUUAGGCCAAUAUCAUAACAACAAACUAGAUAUAUACCGUGCAGGCUGGCCGCCUGAAGAGAAAAAACUAGAUACGUUAUUGGAAACCAAAAUUGCAGAAAACCAGCCAUUGAAGAUCUCAGUUCACUUGCAAGAACCGUACGUUGUGAUAAACGAAAACGCUGCUCAUAAUUCCUCGGAUGAUACGUGUGCAUUAGGUUUACCUUGUGUAGGAUCUGACGGGGAAGAAUCUUGUUGUUCCGGGUAUUGCAUAGACUUGUUGAAAUUACUUAUGAGAGACAUCGGAUUUUCUGUGAGAAUUUAUAUUGUUAAAGAUGGUAAAUAUGGCGAUUUAGACCAAACUACGGGACAAUGGUCAGGUCUGAUAGGUGAAGUUUCUCGCGGUGAAGCAGAUAUGGCGGUAUCAGAUUUAACUAUCAGUGAACAGCGUUCCAAAGUAGUUGACUUCACACAUCCGUAUAUGGACGCAAGUAUGGCUAUUAUGGUUAAAGUGUCACGUCGUGAAAGAAAUAAUUGGACAGAUUUUAUGGAUCCGUUCGCUGCAUCCUUGUGGAUCGCAAUAAUUGUUUGUAUCAAUACGACACUUCUCAUUAUGUGGUUACUGGAGAGAUAUAGCCCGUAUGGUCAGAGAGAACGUGGAAAGUUUUUGAAAAGAAGUGAAGAACAUUCUUUUGGUUUUGUUCAAGCCAUUUGGUUCACAUGGAGCGUUGUUUUCCAAACUGAUAUUGGUUCAAAACCAAAAGGCGUUGCUUGUCGUAUUUUGGCGUUGUCUUUUGCGUUCAGUAUGCUGAUUGUUAUCACAAGUUACACCGCCAAUUUAGCCGCUUUCCUGGUGAUAAAAGAGGAGAUAUUGCCUUUGAAUGAUGCUGGGAUACGAGAUCCUAAGCUUCAGAAUCCUCCAAGUGGUUUUCGAAUCGCGACGGUUGAUGACUCGAGUUUUGAAAGAUUCUUCCAUGAUACAGACGAUCCCGUGCUAAGCCGAGUUUGGAAGCAUAUGAAACCCAACAAUGUAAAACAUUUUGAAGAUGCAAUAAGACAAAUGAAUUCCAGAACCCUCCAAGCGUUUGCCUGGGAUCAACCGACACUUGAAAAUAUGGUAGCAAAAAGUCGGGAUUGUUCCUUUAAAAUCGUAGGAAAAUCGCUCUUCCACUCAGGAUUCGGUUUUGCCUUAAGGAAGAACUCGUCUCUCACCAGCAAGAUAUCUCAAGCAUUGUUGCAAUAUGAAAAGUUUGAUACAUCAUGGACGUUAAAACUUCGAUGGUUCCAGGGAAAAUGUAGCGCUGUGCAUAAAAAUGCGUCGUUUGCACGAUUGACUAUUGCCGACUUGAGUGGAUUAUUUCUUGCCAUUUGUUUUGGAGUUGUUAUUUCAUUGCUAUUUUUCACUUCGCAAUAUUUUAAAAUUGCAAUUAAAUAGUGGGUCGUCGUCGUAGACGUAGUCCAUUCCGUUAAGAAUGCUGGAUUUUAGAACGUAGUUACAUAUCGUAGA